UGUCUGUGGUCUUUUUACAAUUUUGACAGCUGCACUGAGCUAUUGCCCAUUUAUUACGUAAAUCUGUAAGGAAAAAUUCUCACAUUAUAGUGCAAGGAUCUACACAAAAUGUUGAAAGUAGCAACUACGUUGAGAUUAGUGUCCAAACAUGGCAAUCAGGUGCGAGCCUUAGCCACAGCUGCCGCGUACAAACAAGCAUUAGUCAACGUUCCACCGACAAGGCUUACAGUACUCGACAAUGGUAUCAGAGUUGCCAGCGAGGACUCCGGCGCCGCGACGGCCACCGUAGGACUGUGGAUCGACGCUGGCUCAAGGUACGAAGACUCCAAGAACAAUGGUGUCGCACACUUCCUCGAACACAUGGCAUUUAAGGGCACCAGCAAAAGAUCACAGACUGACCUAGAGCUCCUCGUGGAGAACAUGGGCGCGCACCUGAACGCGUACACAUCUCGCGAGCAAACGGUGUUCUAUGCGAAAUGUCUCGCCAACGACGUGCCCGCAGCUGUCGAGAUCCUUGCAGACAUCAUCCAGAACUCUUCCCUCGCCGAACCCGAAAUCGAACGAGAACGCGGAGUCAUCCUUCGUGAGAUGCAGGACGUGGAGAGCAACCUGCAAGAGGUAGUUUUCGACCAUCUCCAUGCCACCGCCUUCCAAGGCACCCCAUUGGGACAGACCAUCCUAGGACCCACCAAAAACAUUAAGAAAAUCUCUAAGGCAGACCUUCAGACCUACAUCAAGACUCACUACCAGCCUGCGAGGAUCGUGCUCUCUGGUGCUGGUGGAGUAGAACAUGACAGGCUGGUGGACCUUGCCAACAAGCACUUCAGUGGACUCAAGAAUACUGCUCUGGAUGUCCCUGAAUUAGCACCCUGCCGCUACACUGGCUCAGAAAUCAGAGUGCGAGAUGACUCAAUGCCUCUGGCACAUGUGGCUAUUGCCGUUGAGGGUGCUGGCUGGACCAAUGCUGAUAACAUUCCUUUGAUGGUAGCAAACACACUCAUUGGAGCCUGGGACCGCUCUCAGGGCGGUGGUGCCAACAAUGCUUCAUUCCUUGCACGUGCUGCAUCCUGUGAAAACUUAUGUCAUAGCUUCCAGUCAUUUAACACUUGCUACAAAGACACUGGUCUCUGGGGUAUCUACUUUGUCGCUGAACCUAUGCAGAUAGAUGACUUUGUAUACAAUCUCCAGAGGGAAUGGAUGAAGCUGUGCACAUCUGUCACUGAGAAUGAGGUUGACCGAGCAAAGAACCUGCUCAAGACCAACAUGCUGUUGCAGCUGGAUGGAACAACCCCAGUGUGUGAAGACAUUGGCCGCCAGAUGUUGUGCUACAACCGUCGCAUCCCCAUCCAUGAGCUGGAUGCCCGCAUUGACUCAGUCUCUGCCCAAAAUGUCCGUGACGUAUGCUACAAGUACUUGUAUGACCGCUGCCCAGUAGUGGCUGCUGUUGGUCCAACUGAAGGCCUUCCUGACUACACCAGGAUCCGUGGUGGAAUGUUCUGGGUUAGGUGUAAACACUCAUCAUAGUUACAAUUUAGAUGCUUUAUUUAAAAUCAGUUAAGAUCAAAAACACAUUAAACAAAUGUCCCAAUGUCUUGCAGUUUUAUUAUAAUAAAACACAAUGUCUUUGGUGGAGCUGUAUUUAUUAUAGACACUUAAGUAAAAUGUGUAAAUAAACAUUUUUUUUUAAUCGUA